CCCGGCGAGACUUUCCGCAGCCAGCCAGCGCGACCCACCCACCUCGGGAACUCGUCGAGGAAGUUUGGUGGGGCGGGGCGGGGCUUGGUGAUCCCACGUGGGGCUGAGAUGGACCAAGUUUGGGAGCUGUAAAUAACCCUAAAAUCGGAGGCGGGCGGAAAAACAAACGCAACUUUUCUGCUUGUUCGUUCGUUUGGGGCGAAUCCACGCAAUGGCUCGUUUCUUUCUUUAAAAGAGCCGCUUUCUGAAUCCGAGGGAAUCGCAGCAUGGAAGAGGACAGCAACAAGCUGGGUAGCGCCGGGAGCCUCUGGCAGGACCCUUUGGCGAUCGCACUCACCCCCAGCAAACCAGUCUCUGCAGGGAGCCAGGGCGCCCGAGGGGGCGGCGGCAGCAGCGGAGGCGGCAGCAGCAGCGGCGGCGGUAGCGGUAGGGGCCGACCCCUGAGCGUGGUUUACAUCUUCCCCGAUGAUCUGGAAGAGCCUCUGCCUCUCCAAUGCCUGCGGGAAGCCUGCAAGGAGGUCCCGGCGACGGAGCUGACGACGCUGCCUUUUGGCACCGUGGCGCUGGGGGACACCGCGCCCCUGGAUACUUUCUACAACGCAGAUGUGGUUGUGGUGGAGAUGAGCAACAGUCUUUGCCAGCCCUCGCUCUUCUAUCACCUGGGGGUGAGGGAGAGCUUCAGCAUGACCAACAACAUCCUCCUGUGCUGCUACACUGAUUUUCCAGAGCUGCAGGCUCUCCGGGAGGAGAUCUUCCAGAAGAAUUCAGAUGGCAAUGGCAGCUACACCUUCAUCCCCUACAUGGUGGCAGCCCAGAACAAGGUCUUCUGCUGCGACCCGAAUGCAAUGAUGUGCCUGAGCGAGCUUUGCCAGCCUAACAACUUCACCAUGGAGGCCUUCUUCACCCCCCUGACGGCACAGCUUGCAAAGCUGCUGGAGGGCACCUCCACCAACACCUGUGGCUACUUCCGGGAGAUGAUCCGAAGGGACAUCCGCAGGGCUCGCGAAAGGUACAGCGGGGAGCAGCUGAGCCGUGAGCUGACCAGUAUCCAGCAGCGACUGGACAGCGUCGAAUGCCUCAGCCUUGAUAUUGUCAUGAACUUUAUUCUGUCCUACCGUGACGCACAGGAUUGUAAUGGCAUCAUCACCCUAGUGGAGACCUUACAGGCCCUGCCGACUUGCAAUGUCGCCGAGCAGCACAACAUCUGCUUUCACUAUGCCUUUGCCCUUGACAGGAGGAACCAGCCUGGCGAUCGGGAGAAGGCUCUCUCUGUUAUCCUGCCCCUGGUGGAAAAGCCUGAACGGGCAGCGCCUGACCUGUACUGCAUGUGCGGCCGCAUAUAUAAGGACAUGUUCAUUGAUUCUGGCUUCACUGAUGCCGAAAAGAGAGACCAGGCCUUUUACUGGUAUCACAAGGCCUUUUUAACAGACCCGAGCCUCCAUGCUGGGAUUAACUCCGUUGUCUUCCUCAUUGCUGCUGGACACAAGUUCGAAACCUCCAUGCAACUUCGGCAGUUAGGUAUGAAGGUGAGCUGUGUCCUCGGCAGGAAGGGAUGCUUGGAAAAGAUGCAACAUUACUGGGAUGUUGGUUUUUACCUGGGCGCCAGUAUCCUGACCGGCGACUUUGACAAAAUCGUCCAGGCCUCGGAGAAACUUUACAAGCUCAACGCUCCAGUUUGGUUCUUGACAUCUAUCAAGGAGACUUAUGUAAUCUAUAGUCAUUUCAACACUGCCCCCGACACCUGGUCACCGAAACAGGAGCUGGUUGAUUUCUGGCUGGGCUUCUUGAUGGAUUCCUGCCAGCCCUUUGUCUCCACAGAGGAGUGUCUGGUCUUGAUUCUAGAGUUGGGCAGAGUGUUGCAACCAUCUCAGCUCAGUGUCUGCAGUCAAGAAGGGCAAAAAUCAGUGACGCUGAGCCACAUUGGCUCCCCAGAAGAGGAAGGGAUUUCCAAGUGGACAUUCCCAACAUCUUCCAUCCGUGGAAUCAGUAUCUCCAAGUGCGAUGAGCGGUGCUGCUUCCUCUACGUGCUGCACACAGCGGAAGACUUCCAGCUGUACUUCCCUACCCAGUACCAUUGCCGCUGGUUUUGUGAACUGAUCCGCUCCUUCAUGGCAGAGAUGGGUGAGGAAGUGAAUAGCUGCAGCUCCCUGGAGGAACUCGAGUAUGACUAUGAACGCACGGAAGCAGGCGACAGGGUGAUUCUGGGUAAAGGCACCUAUGGGGUGGUCUACGCUGGCCGAGACCUCAGCAAUCAGGUGCGCAUCGCCAUUAAGGAGAUCCCAGAGCGUGACAGCAGAUACUCGCAGCCCCUUCACGAGGAGAUUGCUCUCCACAAGCGCCUGAGACACAAGAACAUUGUUCGCUAUUUGGGCUCCGUCAGUCAAGAUGGCUUCCUCAAGAUCUUCAUGGAGGAGGUACCUGGGGGGAGCCUUUCCUCUCUUCUGCGCUCCAUGUGGGGCCCCCUGAAAGACAAUGAGCCCACCAUUGUUUUCUACACCAAGCAAAUCCUAGAGGGGCUGCGCUACCUGCACGACAACCAGAUCGUCCACAGGGACAUCAAGGGUGAUAACGUCCUGAUCAACACGUACAGCGGAGUGUUGAAAAUUUCAGACUUUGGCACAUCCAAGAGGCUGGCGGGGAUCAGCCCCAGCACAGAGACAUUCACAGGCACCUUGCAGUACAUGGCCCCAGAGGUCAUUGAUCAGGGACCCCGUGGCUAUGGCAAGCCGGCUGACAUCUGGUCCAUGGGCUGCACCAUCAUUGAGAUGGCAACAGGCAAGCCCCCUUUCUUCGAGCUGGGCAGCCCUCAGGCAGCCAUGUUCAAGGUGGGCAUGUUCAAGAUCCACCCCGAGGUGCCCGAUUCGAUGUCGGAUGAAGCCAAGGCCUUUAUCCUGAGUUGUUUUGAAGCUGAUCCGGACAAGCGGGCAACUGCUGCUGCCUUGCUUCAGGAACCCUUUCUGAAGGCGCCCAGUAGGAGGAAAUCCAGGAGCCCAGUGGUGACAGACGAGCUGUCUCCUCCGAAUGUGCCAGAAAGGUCGAUUUCAGCAGAGGGUGUCAGCGAGUCCCAGAAACGUUCUUUGUCAUUGCAGUCCUUGAACACCUCUCUGUCUCGGAGCACCAGUGAAGUGGCUCAGAGGCCCACCUAUCUCAGGGCCCCUGAGGAACUGCUCACUGGUGACCUCAGCCUCUCCUCUUCCUCCCACGAGGAGAGCGGCUGCUUGUUCUUGCUGAGGAAGGAUAGCGAGCGGAGAGCCACCCUCCACAAGGUCCUGACGGAGGAGCUGCCCAGUAUUGCCGCUGCUCUCUUUGAGGCCCAGGAUGAGGCCUGGCCUCCUUCUUCGCCUUCGCCUUCCCCUCAGAGCCCAGUCUCCUUGGACCACAUCUCCCAGCUGGUCUCCUGCCUCAAGAGAUACAUCCGCUCCCCCAACCGAAAGCAGCUGGCUCAUGACUUGCUCCAAAUCCAGACCAGCUUGCAGGCGGAUGGCCUGAGCCUUUGUCAGCUGCAAGCGCCCCUCUUCACCUUCCAGGACACCGUAAAGCAGGCGCUGCGGAAGCUCCAGAUCAAGCCUCACUGGGUGUUCGCCCUGGAUAACCUCAUGGGGCAGGCGGUCCAGGCAGCUUUCACCAUCCUCUUGACAGAACUCAAGGUGAAGCCGUGGUCCUCCCGGGAGGAAGGCCAUGAACACGCAAGCCAUGAGGAGGAAGAGAGCCUGUUGCCCCAGGAGCUGCAGUCUUUGAAAAGCCAGGACCAUGCCCUCAAGGACAGCAUGGACACACCAAGUUCUGGGAUCGGCACCAGCAGCAGCAGCUGGAUGGACUCCCAGCAUUCCCAGAAUGGCCGUUUUCCUCUCAUGGCUCAGCUGAAUGAGCUGCAGGCGGAGACAAGAAGGCUGCAGUGGGAGCUGAUGAAGAAGGAGCGGGAAUGCCAGAAGCUUCUGCAGGAGGCAUUGUGGAGUGUGGAAGCAGAUUCCUGGGCUCUAAGAGGAGCCAAGCUGAGAGGAAACACUACUUCCCCAAUGCAUUCCUGGGAGAGAGAAGAAGAAGAAGAAGAGACUGCAGAUCCUGUCCUUGCCGAGUGGUUGGAAAAACACGGGGCUGACAAAGCCACAAUUGCAACGCUCUCACACCAUGGGUUCACCCUGCCUGACUUGCUCAACUGUGCUACGCCCGACGACCUCCGGUACACCCGUAUCAGAGGGGGGAUGGUGUGCCGCCUCUGGAAAGCCAUCUCGGAGCAUCGGCAAACACUCGGCCAGAAGUUACAGCCCGAAGCGGAGCAAGAGCCACGCCAAGGGAAGCCCUUAAUCUGUUUGGAGGACAGCAGGCUCUGGUUGGCAUAGACCUUCUUCCCCAGCAGUAAGCAGAACAAGAUUCCAGGCUUGCCCUCACACAGAGGUGAUGUGAACUGACUUUCCAUUUAUCCUCUAAUUGAUGGUGAUGGGGAAGGUGGCACUGGUCUAUUCUGGCACCUCAAGCAAAUCACGUCUGGAGGAGAUUAUUUCUGCCGCGCUGCAAAAAAUCUGCAGUUCUCUCUUGGCUUGAGACAAAGGGUGCUUUGUCCUGUGACCUGGAUUUCAGAAGAAGAGAGGCAGAGAGAUUCUGAGCUACCCUGCAAGGGGUGGGGUCGCUUCAGAGUCAGCAGUGGGAAAAGCCCUGAUUGCAUCAUUCACGGCUGUGCUGGACGGCGAUUCUUUGGCCUGCUGCAGAAAACACAGCUCCAGGAGUCAUUAGUGUAGCAGCCAUUGAGGCUGGGAAAUGAUACUCUGGGUGUCCCACUGGACGGCAGAAAGGAAACAGUGGGAUUGUUCAAGUUUUGCCGUAAUACCAACAAGGAUGGAAGAAGUAAAUAAAUUUUUUUUAAAGAAAG